AUGGUCUCCGAAAACUGCAACGCGGAAUGGGAUCUGUCGUUAAGCGAGCUCUUCCACCGUCCCGCCCCCAGAAAACGGUGGCGACUCAGUUCAGAAGGAAACCCUCCUUCCGCCAUCAGCAAACUCGGAGACGACCUCCUCGUCGAGAUUCUGAUUAGCCUCCCCAAUCCCAGAUCCGCCUUCCUCUGCAAACCCGUCUGCAAGCUGUGGAGCUCCCUCAUCUUCGAUCCCAGCUUCAGUCGUCGUUUCGUUGCUCGCUACCAGAGCAUGAACCUGAACCAAUCGCCGUUUCAGUGA